UCUAUGGACAUGUCACAUGUCAAUAUAAUUAUAAAAACACGACUCUGAACAGGAUUUGUUUUCAAUCACAGAUUACUCACUAUACAGUAUUCAGUUUUCAAUGUAAAUGGUGUGGUAAAUGGACAUAGGUGUUAAUAAGAAAAUUGUGCGCGUUUAUUGAAACAAAUAAUCAUCUAAAUGUCGGGGGUUACAAAUCGAAUUUUGGGAACUUAAAUCUGUAUUUCCCAGUGCUAGCUAAUAAAUAAUACUCAGAACCCCAGUAAAUAAUAACAUUAAUUUUUUACCGUAAAAUACUUGUGAUAUUAAUCCAGUGUGCCAGAUUCACAUGCAAAAAAUGUCCAACGGCGUUGGUAGAGGACGAGGAUGGUUGAACUUGAAGAUUCACAGUCAUAACACGAAAAACCCGGGAUUGGACAGCAGCAUUAGUCCUCCAGCCGUGAAUAACAGUGCAUCAAGUUUCAACAUGCAGGAUAAUCGAACUUUUUCUGAUGCAUCCAACGGGUAUGAUGACUUGAUCAGUAAAAUCAGACUAUUGAACAUUAACGAUGAUGGCAUUAAACUCAAUCAGAAGAUUAAGUACAUCAUUGAACACUGGAAUGAAAACUGUCGAAAUGAAAUGGAUGUCGAAAAAAGCUUUGAGGUAAUACAUGACGCGUGCUUGGAAGAUGGCGACUUAGCAACCAAAUUGGUUCUGCUCAUUGCCUCCAGAACAUUUCUUUCACAAGAAAUUCAUCAGCAGAAUAUUAGGUUGAUGUUUCUUAGAAAACUACAGGAAAAUUUUGAAGGAAGUGUAAACCUGAAAAGCGCCCAUCCAAACUUAUUUAGGAACAGCGUUCAAUUAAUGGGAGAUUUUUUUAAUAAAGCCAGAUUAGCGAAUGGCCGACAGUUUUCAUUUAUGGCUACCCCUCUUCUUUCAUAUUUGGAUAUGUUACUGGAAACGGGAGAUCCCCUGGAUCUCAAGCUUUUUGUCAUCCAGUUUUACUUAAAUGGCAAUUGUCUCAAACAAGAAAGCCCUGACAAAGUGGCGAGUAUCCUGAGUAAAAUAAGACUAAAGAUUUGCUCCGAUAAGAUUUGUACAAAAGAAGCGAAAUUGUGGCUGCUACUUGCUAUUGAAGUGUCAGAUAACAGAUUCUCCCUUUUACCUGCUGAUAUUCAAAAGUUUUACCAAGAGCAACUGGGAGACCAUGCAAUGGCCUGUUUUCAGGGAUCGCAUGGCGUUUUAACAGUACAAACAGCCGACAAUAGCAAAACCCUCGACAAUUAUCAAAGCAACGUACACGUUCUGCAGGUAUCAACAGACUCUCUUACUGAUACAGCUUGUAUGUUAAACAACUUGUCCGAUUCCGGAUCGUCCGCGAACUGCAGUAGUGGAUUCCAGAGUGACCACAGUAAAAUCUCUUCCGGAGUCAUUACGGAGAAUAGCUCGAAUUUGCAUAAUGGUAUGUCAAGAUUAUUUAUUAAGCUUUGAGAUGAUUUAUCAUCA